CUGCAGUGCAUGUGGUGAACUCAAUUAAGCAGGAACAUACAAAUACAUUCCUAAGUAGAUCUAUUUCAUCUGUUUCAUGAUAGUGUCACCACAGUUAAGCCUAUAGGGUAGAUAAAGAUGGACACAUUACCUAGUACCUGUGAACUAUAAGUACUAUAGUCAUCACAUGCAGUCAGUCAAGUUACAGUAGACUAUAAUUAUAUAGCUAGCUAUGGCUAAUUAUAAGUCUAGUCCAAUUUCAAUGAUUGAUGAUAAUAGGCUAAUCUCUAAAACAAUUAAUUUACAGCAUCAAUCAGAUGGUGAGAGGCUUAGCACAGUCAUCGAGACUGUCUCCACAGACAGCAAGGUCCCCAUUAGACUAUGGACAAUGGUCUACUCUGUUCUGACUGUGUGUUUGCUCUCUCUGCUCGCUGGAGUCACUCUUGCCUUCCCAUCGCCAGUGUUGGUGGAACUGCUACAACUGGACGAUCCUCAGUUCAGAUUUGACACUCAGCUGGCUGAUAUCUUUGGGGCAGCUGCUCCAGUGGGUGGUCUCUUUGGUGGACUAAUUGCCGGGUGGUUGGCAGACAAGUUAGGUCGUAAAACCACCAUCAUUCUAACGUCUGUGCCCUAUCUGAGUGGCUACUUCAUUAUCCUCUGUGCUGUGCUCGCUGAAAAUGGCACAGUCUUCAAGGUGGUCUUGAUAGUGGGCCGAUUUCUGACUGGUGUGGGAAUGGGAGGGACCUUCGCAAUAUUAGGGGCUUACAUUGGUGAAAUAUCUCCUGCUAGGUCUCGAGGAAUGUUCAUUGCAAUGACUGAAGUCACUCUUGCACUUGGAGUGCUGUUAAUUCUGGCGCUAGGGGCUAUUUCUAACUUUCACUAUUAUUAUUUGGCUCUUGUGGUAGUAGGAAUUCUAGCUGCCUUUGUAGUACUGGCUAUUUGGAUACCCGAGACACCAAGAUGGUUACUCCUGAACUCUAAAGACCAGAAACAAACUGUUGCUGUACUGAAGUGCUUACGCGGACCCAAAUACCGAAAACUCCAACAAGAAAUUGAACAGAUUAAUACGAAGAUUUCAAAAAAUCUGAAGUUUUUUGAGGUUAUAAGACUGCUACUUUUUGAAAGGAACACUGUAGUUCCAUUCUUACUUGUUUUUUACAUCUUCGUGUAUCAGCAGGCAUGUGGAAAGGUCGCAUUGGCAAAUUAUGUUGGGCCAAUAUUUUUCGAAAUUGGUGUUCCAUCUUCAAACCUUGCGGCUGCAUUUUCACUUGGUGGUGUCAGCUUUGUAGCUACUAUUAUUGGUGUCAUAGUGAUUGAUUUUGUUGGUAGAAAGUUACUUCUUGCUUUAAGCUCUAGUGGAAUGUUUUUGGCAUCUUUAAUAAUGAGUGUGCAGUUUUACUUGACGCAACCGUCUUAUUGUAAUAACUCAACUAUUAUAGAGACUGCAGAUUUAGUGGUUGAUUGCAAUCCACACCUUUAUCCAUUGGCUAUUGCUGGAGUCGUUCUCUUUGCAUUCGCGUUUUCGGCUGGAGUAGGACCCGUGUCAUGGGUACUGGUUUCAGAAUAUCUUUCUUUUAAUGUGAGAGCUAUGGCUGGUGGUAUUGCAUCGGCUAUAUCAUGGGGAAUAUCUGCGAUUGCCUCAGGGACAUUUUUAAAUCUCUCCGAAGCCAUUGGAGCAUGGAGACUCUGGUUGAUGAUAGCAAGUUAUCACGCCUUGUCCUUUCUCGUAAUUGUGCUGUUUUUCAUCGAGACCAAAGGGAAGAAACUUGAAGAAGUGCAAGAAAUGUUUGCAGCUAGAUUUCAGUGUCAGACUUGCUCUAAAAAACAGUGUAAGUCUGUAUAGCUAUUUAAUUCUCACAUUAUCACUUCAGUUCUCUUAUUGUGAAUCGACCAUCAUUUCAUUCAUUCAGUUUGGAUUCAUUAUUAUGUUACACUACAUGUACAUGGCAUUCAAUUGUUGAACAGGUGACACUUUAAUGGCCUACAAACUGAUUCAGUGACUUUCAUUGGCUUCUUAACAGCUGCAUGAAGGAAUGCUUGAAUGAUUCUCUGGAAUCCCUAUAAGGGUUUGUGAAAUUGUGAUACUCAAAGAGGCCAGCUGUUCAAUUAAGCACACCUACCUUAGUGUAAACAAAGCGAAUUUGGAAAGAAUCACUAGUAUUGUACAUCCAGUAUAAGGAAGUAAGGAAGUUGACACCCACAACUAAGCAAUGGUUGUGACUUCCUAUCCCUUCAAGUGAAGUGAAAGCUAAAGCCGAGUCAGUAUACCAAGAAGUAAAUAGAAGUCUAGUCAAUCAAUUAAAUAGCACAUUAAAUACCAUUAUAAUUAUUAUCAGUAUAAUACACUGUAUCAAGAGUUCAUAAUAAACGUUUAGUUAAGUGUGUACCAUAGACAUCUCAUUAUCUGUCGCGUGUUUUUGUUUGUUUACAACUACUAUACUAGUCUUAUGUCUGCAAUCCCCUCCACACCACAUCAGAAUUGUUGUGAAAUAGAUCUGCCCUAUUGUAUUCAUGUUUGUAUGUAUUCAUUGUACCAUAUAUGGACUUCACUAUGUUGAAUUUCCUACAUUGGUGACAGUCUGUGACACUGUGUUGACCGUUGUUGUGGGUAGAUCCCUAAUUAUAAUACCAUUGAGCAAUACUAAAGGGGCAUUUUGUGCACCAAAUACAGACAAAAAGGCACCCGCACAAGCAUAACAAUGGGUGUUAUGAUCAGAUGAUUAUGCUUUCAUAGUUGCGCAAUCUUAGUCUGAGCUCAGCUAUAAAAGUGAGAUCUUUAACAUUUUUGUCAUAAUAAUAUUAAUUUGACAAUUAUAAUGCUCUUUAGUGACAGUGUAUGGAGGUUGUGCGUCUUACUCUCCAAAGAUCGACCAAUAACAGGGGUUGGUAUGGAAACAGCUUGUACCUGACAAGAGUUGUUUGCAAACUAAUGCCUGCACUAGUCGAUUAUAUGAACGUUGUGAAUAUCUGUACCUAUCUAUUAGCCGAGGAACUAUUAACUUUUGAUGAACGGAGCGAAAUACUUCAACUACAAGGAAAACAUCGUCAAGUACCCUAUCUUUUUGAGAUUCUAUCUACCAAAGGAAAGGACUGGUACUGUCGAUUUUGGAGAGCCCUCAAGAACUCUGUUUCAUGGAAUGCUGACAUUCAUCUUGGGCAUAAGGACCUACUUGAAAUGCUACCGAAUGCAAGUGAUGAAAAACCUCUAUGGAGUUGGAAGAAAAUGGACAGCACGAACUUUUCACCCUUAACAAUGAAAUGGAAGAACCGCCUACUAAAAAUUACGAAAACGAAACUAAAGAAUCCAUCGCCAAGCUUGAAUGCAAAUGUGAAGAGCUACAAGAGGAACUGGGUCAAGCUCGAAGAUGCAAUGAUGAUCUAUCUCUUGAAAACCAAUUAUUGACACAGGAAAACGAAAUUCUCAGACAAGAGAACACGUAUUUAGUUGAACAAUCGAAGAGUUCUGAAGCUAAUGACAAAGAAACGAUCAACAAAAGUACAUGGGUUUGAAUCAAUAUAAUUAUACAGCAUAGAAAAACUAUAUAAAAAGUGAUUAUUGAUUAAAUAACAAUCUUAUAAUUUAUAUACAGCUUAGAAAAACUGUUAAAAAGUGAAUAAAUUAUUGAAUAAA